UGACCGCAAAAACAUCCUUUAAAAAUACACUAAAACUUCCGAGCUUCAGUUUCUCAGCUGGGAAAACUGGCAUGAAUGUAUAGAGUAUUCCCUCUCUUCCGAUUAGUUGCAUUGACUUCAUUAUUUGUAACGCGUUUAAAAAGAAAAUAAGAAAGAGGUUAACCCAGCGCGGUGACGUAAGUGACGACCAGAAGCACGCAGCACGCAGUGUAAUUACCAAUCAUUACACGUGCCUCUUACAUGUUCUCUUUGAUUUGUAUGACUUAACCCUUUCUUUUUGCAACGUCACUAUGGCUAAUCGAGGAGAGCUGAGGAAGAAGAAAAAAAAUAUGAUGAGCAUUGCAAAUUUGUCCAGUCUUGAAAAAAAAGGAAAACAAAUUGACAAGCGCCUCUUCAUCUUCUUUAGGAGUACAUGAUGUAUCAAUCACACGUGUGAAUGAUUUACGUUCAUGUGCGCUGUCCAUAAAUGUCCAUAAUAUUGGAGCUAUAAUGAGUUAGGUCACUGUGAAACAAUUUACAAUGAUGCCGUACAGAGAAAAACUAAUAAUUCAAACAACUCUAGGAUUAAUGAGUGUUUUUGGUGUCUGGAUUGAAUCAGUUGACCGAUCAGAUGCUUUAUCAUUUCCUGAAAAGACACCCAAACAAAUUCGAGACGCUCUAGUAAAGUAUGCGAUUGUUCGACGGAUACUACCUCACGCACCGAAGCAUGCUGUUGAAGUUGCUUACGGUGACGCGAUUGUAAAUUUUGGUAAUAAAUUAACUCCUGAGCAAAUCGAGGAUCAACCAGAUCAUAUUUCUUGGCCCAUAAAAAAGGACACCUUCUACACACUUGUAUUAUCAGGGCCUGAUGUACCAACUCAUGAAAAAGCAGUCGACAAAGAGAUUCAACACUGGGUGGUUGGUAACAUUCCGGGCAACAAUGUCUCUGCUGGGGAAACUUUGACGGAAUACAGAGGAAUAAUUCCACUUUAUGAGCCAGGCAGCCAUCGGCUUUGCUAUUAUGUUUACGAGCAACCGGACGAAGAAAAAGUAACAUUCAAAGAUGAGCAUGUCAACAAAUCAGUAAUCGGUUAUCAACGAGCGUUUUUCCACGCGGAAGUUGUGCGGAGCAAAUAUAAUUACGAAGAAGCAAUCGCUGCAAACUUUUUUAUUGUAGAUACAACUGAGGAAGAUCAACAGAUGACAGCUCGGUGACCUAGGGAUGGGAACAACUAGGCAAAAUUUAAACGUUCAAAAGCAAAAAGCUCUGCUGUCUUGUUUACGAGAGAAAGGGUAGUAGAACUGAAAUUAUUUCAAAAUAUUUUUAAAGUAGAAGCCAUAAUUCAAUGCUGGAAUAAUAGUCUGGGCCACAUUUUCUGAAAAUAGAAGGAACCUCCUCAAAAAAAGGGCCGAAAUUUGCCUCUUUUGAGGUCUACAAAUCGGUCGACAGCAUUUGCCCCAAAUUGAAGCCUAUGAUGCCACAAAUAUUACGGGAAAUUGUCAGCUAGAGCUAAACAGUGGUUACGAAGAUACAAGAGGAUGAAAUGGGGAACUAAACGGUUGGCGGUGCGCUCUUUCUGCGACAGUUCCUCAGAAAUCGAUGGUGAAACUACCACAUCACGUAUCUCGGUUUGCAGAAUUACAGAUUUCCUGUCAUAAUUUAUUUUUUAAAUGGAAAACCACUCAACGCUAUUUCUUAAAAACCUCCUUGAUUUUUCUUCUGGAUGCGAAGAAAAUUUUGUGAGAACUUCAAGGAAUAAUUUGGUUUGUUCUCCUAUAAAUAAUUAAAUGGGAACGGAGAUUUACAACAACCGCAAACAAGAUACAUGGUUUAGGAGUUUCACUGUCGAAAUAUCGCAGGAAGAGAUAAUGAUAAGAAAUAUGCCGCUGAGCAUUUCAAACUCGUAUCUCCGAAACCGCUUUUCAAGUCAAGCAAUGAAUAUUUCCUACAAACGGAUGUUAGUGAUUCAACUUCGCUCUCUUUACUUCAUUUGUCCUUCCAUUUUGUCUAUGAGUCACAGCACAGCCCUCACAAACCUUGCUCUGAAAUAAUUGUGAUUUAAUUUACAUGUGUAUUAUAAAAAUAAUUGCUAUUUUUUACAAGUUUUUUGUAAAUAGUUUAUAGUGUUCAUGUUUAGGCUCCCUGUAAACCUCGGAAACAUAAUAAAGACAUUAUUUUGAUAA